AUGAGAGUGCAAGUGCUGGCGCUGCUUGCGAGCAGCCUGGCGGCUCUGGGGUCUGCGAGAAUGCCUGCGUUUGCGCCGGCGAAGGACCGGCUUGAGAACAGGGAGUGGGCGUAUGAUGCGCAUGAGAUUGAUCAGCUGAGCGAUCGUUACGUGCUACAUAUGAAUGGGACGUUUAAACAAAGAUAUUUCUUCGACAAGUCGUUUUAUAAGCCUGGUGGCCCGUUGUUCUUGUACAUCGGUGGAGAGACGUGGGGGGGGGGGGGAAGUAACUUCUUGAAAAUUUACGGAUGGAAAGACUUUGCUGCAACCAUCUCCUUCCCCAUGGGCGGUCCCAUAUCCUACCCGACAUAUACAUUGCAAGAAAUCAACUCGGUCCCAGGGUACGGCGAGCCCUGGACCGGCCUCGGCGGUUACGCCGCCUACUAUGUCAAAACUGAUGUCGUCUCCCUCUGCACCAGUGGCCGCAUCGACAGCACCGACUACGGCUGCUUCAGUACCCACAACACCACUUACUACGCCGACCCCUCAAACUCAAACACGCGUUCCUACCGUUCUACGCUGACAGACGAGAUACGCAUCAGCAGUGAUGAUUAUCCGAGCUAUCUGAUUAUGGAUGCGGGACAUGUGUGGGAUGGAAGGGGGAUCAGGGAUGUGGUAAAGGAGCCGCAGUUUAUCCGUGAAGCGCAUUUGUGGGAGAUAAGGAUUGUUGGGAGGUUUUUUUUGGAGAGGUAG